AUGGCGAGCCUGUGCAAGCGGCAGCAAUGCACGAUAGAGAGGCGCGGCUUUCGGCAGGAGCUUGACUCGUGGAGGCACAAACUCAUUCACUGUGUAGGAUUUGAAAGCAUCCUGGAAGGCUUGUUUGGGCCGGGAGUAGUCAAAGAUAGCACCCUGUUUCAAGAUUGCGAGCCGGAGGAAGUGGCCGACUGGUCGUUUGAUGACAACUGUCUUUUUUGCUGCCUGCGACGGGAGAAAGUUAAGGAUCACAGUGCCGACGACACGGUCGCUGACGUCCAGCUGCUAUCGGAGGGAGAGGACGCGAAACGGGAACAGACUCGCCUCAGCCGACUAGAGAGACAAGCGCAAGACUUCCUCAAUGCUGUGUUUCACAGAAAAGACCUCCCAAGUUUGUCGGACCCCCACAUUCCCUUAGUGGCUCGUGAGAUCAUGCAGCGAAUGAUCCGCCAGUUUGCUGCCGAAUAUACCUCAAAAAGCACUCAGGACGCCUGCCCGCCUCCGCUGCCGCCCAACGGGGCCAUGAAGGACCAAAGCCUGCCGCCCUGCUCGCCUCCGCCUCCAACCCCGGGGCCACCGCCAGGCUCGCCACCCUCGUCCGCCUCCUGCUCCUCGCCGUCGCCCUGCCUCAGCCCCCCUAACACUGAGGGGGGCGCAACCACCGCUGCCGCCUCUACGCAGAAUCCCGUCCUCAGUAAGCUGCUCAUGGCCGACCAAGACGGCCCACUGGACCUCACCGUCAAGAAGAGCCCGGCCGAAACCGAGACCCCUGUCCAGCAGGAUGGUGUUCUGGAUCUUUCCACUAAGAAGAACCAGAGUGACAAGCAGGGCUUUUCCUCCCCUCAUGGCCUCAAAGGGCGCCCCGUGAAGAUGGACGCUUCCAUAAAGGUGGACCGUUCCAUGCCGGAUGCGGACGAGGACGACGUCAUGCUACCACAAAGCUUUCAGGACGGCUUGAGGGAGAACUUGAUCAGCUCUUUUAAGCCACCGCUAGCCCGCUCACUGCGCAUUAAGGAGGAGCUGCUCAGCCAGAAGCACCGCCUUCUGAGUCAGCCUGCUGCACUCUCAUUGGCCAGUCUGGAGUCAGCCGGCCUCCUCAAUCACGGCCAGUCGCACUCUUUGCUGGGCCAGAAGGGCUCCUCGUCCUUCUGGGGCAGCAAGGCUCACCUGGAGAGUCUGAUCAAGCUGAAACAGGCCAGCGGGGCCUUGAGCGGGACUUUCGGGGACCUCAAAGACCUGCCUAAGUUCCUGGAGAACCACCACAACCACCACGGCGCCUUCUCCUUCAAGAGUUCCCUUCUUCACCACCACAAUCAGGUCUCCAAGGCCCAGCAUCACCACCACGAUGCCAAGCGGGAUCAUUCGCCCCCAGUUGACCUGAAGAUCCCGCAGGUCCGGGGCAUGGAUCUCUCUUGGGACUCCCCCGCCUCCGACCUGUACGGGUAUGGUGGAAUUGGACCCGGAGGUGGUGGAGGCCUGAGCGAGAACACCUUGAACCGGAAGCUGAGGGCCAUCCUGCCCAAGCAGAACCGGCGGGGUGGGAGUUUAGGAAGCCUGCUGGACGGCGCAGCGGAAUACUGGACCGCCGACCUGGAACACUCUGCCUCCGGGCCGGCGUAUUCUACCUCGGACAUGGAGGGGGACCCCAACUCCAAGCAGCCACGGAAGAAGAGGGGGCGCUAUCGGCAGUACAACAGCGAGAUCCUGGAGGAGGCUAUUGCCGUGGUGAUGAGCGGCAAAAUGAGCGUCUCCAAGGCGCAGAACAUGUACGGAAUCCCUCACAGUACCCUGGAGUACAAAGUCAAGGAGCGCAUGGGUACUCUAAAGAACCCCCCAAAGAAGAAGCUCAAGCUGAUGAUGAAGAUGGAGACAGGCGGUCCUGAAUUCCCAGGUGACACAGAGAAUACACCUGCUGUCACCCUGAGCAACGUGGCCUGCGGCGCCGCACCCCCGUCGCUUGGCCCUGCCGAGCUCAAGGUGGAUGUCAAGGAAGAGAUGGAACCCAUUGAUUAA